AAAACACAUUCAGCCCAAGAGUCAAACACCGGCGUGUUGAGUGUGUAAGUGUUUGAACACAGACAUCCUUCAUUAAGUGCGGCUAAUGCUGAAGUCCUUCUCCAUCUCUUACAACAGCAGCCGAGCUGCAGAGAGAGAGAGAGAGAGAGAGAGAGGUGCCUCUUCUCUCCAUUGCCAUCACUGGCUCGGUGUUGAGUCGGUGUGCGCGCUGCUCUUCUGAACGGGGGGCGACGGGAGACGCGGUGGGGUGGAUUUAACUUCGGACACGGACAGACCCUAUGCUUGGAUUUCGGAUCUUUCCCCCUUCGCCAAUGCAAAAGGAAAUAUGCAGCGAAGCUUCACCAUUCUCUACACCAGUUUACUGGGGGUGUGCUUGGCAUCAAGCUCAAGUUUUCCAAGUAACAUCAAUAUAGGAGGAUUGUUCCCGAUCGAAUCGCACGAAUAUGAGGUGUUUCGGUUCGCCCUCUCUCACCACCAGGACAUCCCCAAGCUGGUGCCGCAGGUGGAUAUGGUCAAGAUGGGGAAUAGCUUCUCCAUGACAUAUGCCUUUUGCUCCCAGUUCUCCAAAGGCGUGUACGCCAUCAUCGGCCUGUAUGACAGGAAGACCGUCAACAUGCUCAUGUCCUUCUGCGGGGCGCUGCAUGUCUGCUUUGUCACGCCGUCCUUCCCCAUCGAGACGGCCAACCAGUUUGUCAUCCAGCUGAGGCCUGAGCUCCAGGACGCUCUGGUGGGAGUGAUCGACCACUACGGAUGGACCAAGUUUGUCUACAUGUACAGCUCUGACUCAGGCCUGUCAGUGCUGCAGAAGGUUCUGGACACAGCGGCGGAGAGGAACUGGCUGGUGACCUCAGUCAACGUGGAGACCAUGACGGAGGCCUCCUUCUUGAAAGUGUUCCAGGAUUUGGACAAGAGGAAGGAGGGACAAAUUAUCAUUGAUUGUGAGACCGAGAGACUCACUGGCAUCCUCAAAAAGAUUGUUGAACAGGGCAAGAAUGCAAAGAGCUACCACUACAUCCUGGCUAACCUGGGCUUCCUGGACAUUGACCUGACAGACCUGAGGAAGGGUGGGGCGAACAUCACCGGCUUCCAGCUCGUCAACAACUCUGAGCCCGUGGUCAGCCGUGUGGUCCAGCAGUGGAUGGAGUUCGACAACAAAGACUCCAAAGUGGCCAAGAGUGGACUCAAAUACACUGGCGCUCUAACAUAUGACGGGGUGAAAGUCAUGUACACGGCCUUUCAGAACCUAAGGAAGCAGAGGAUAGACAUCUCUCGCAGGGGCAACGCCGGAGAGUGUCUUGCCAACCCACCAGCUCCCUGGGGGCAGGGCAUAGACAUCCAGAGAGCUCUGCAGCAGGUCCGUAUUGACGGAUUGACCGGUCACAUUCAGUUCAACGAGAAAGGUCGCAGAACCAACUACACGGUCAGCGUCAUGGAACUGGCCCCCUCUGGGCCAAAGAAGGUUGGCUACUGGAACGAAGAUGAGAAGUAUGUGACCACUGCCAGCUUCGUGAGAGGCAGCAACGAGACGUACGGCCUGCAGAACAGAACCUACAUCGUCACCACCAUCUUGGAGUCUCCAUAUGUGAUGCUGAAGAAGAACCAUGAGCAGCUUGCGGGAAAUGACAAGUAUGAGGGCUACAUAGUGGAGCUGGCUGCCGAGAUAGCAAAACACGUGGGCUACCAGUACAAACUGAAGGUGGUUUCAGACGGCAAAUACGGAGCCAGAGAUCCGGAAACCAAGAUGUGGAACGGCAUGGUGGGAGAACUGGUGUAUGGGAAAGCAGACGUGGCUGUGGCUCCUCUGACCAUCACCCUAGUUCGCGAGGAGGUGAUCGACUUCUCGAAGCCCUUCAUGUCCCUGGGCAUCUCCAUUAUGAUCAAGAAACCCACAAAAUCCAAACCCGGCGUGUUUUCCUUCCUGGAUCCGCUGGCUUACGAGAUCUGGAUGUGCAUUGUGUUCGCCUACAUCGGCGUUAGCGUCGUCCUGUUCCUCGUCAGCCGCUUCAGCCCGUACGAGUGGCACGCCGAGGACUACGAGGAGGGGGGCGAGCCGCAGACUCCCACCCAAGCGUCGGGCGCCAACGGGAUGCAGCAGGGCCAGGCGCAGUCGCAGCAGAACACCAACCAGCAGAGUCCCGAGCAGACCAAUGAGUUCGGCAUCUUCAACUCCCUAUGGUUCUCACUGGGGGCCUUCAUGCAGCAGGGCUGCGACAUCUCACCACGCUCGCUGUCCGGCCGCAUUGUUGGAGGCGUCUGGUGGUUCUUCACCCUCAUCAUCAUCUCGUCCUACACCGCCAACCUGGCGGCCUUCCUGACCGUGGAGAGGAUGGUGUCUCCCAUAGAGAGCGCUGAGGAUUUGGCCAAGCAGACGGAGAUCGCCUAUGGGACACUGGAUGCCGGCUCCACCAAAGAAUUCUUCAGGAGGUCAAAGAUCGCCGUGUUUGAGAAGAUGUGGUCCUACAUGAAGGCAGCCGACCCGUCCGUGUUCGUCAAGACCACGGACGAGGGCGUGAUGAGGGUCAGGAAGUCCAAGGGCAAGUAUGCCUACCUGUUGGAGUCCACAAUGAACGAGUACAUAGAGCAGAGGAAACCGUGCGACACUAUGAAGGUGGGAGGAAACCUGGACUCUAAAGGUUAUGGCAUCGCCACCCCCAAGGGCUCCCCUCUCAGAAACCCAGUAAACCUGGCAGUGUUAAAACUGAACGAGCAGGGCCUCUUGGACAAAUUGAAAAACAAGUGGUGGUACGACAAGGGAGAGUGCGGCAGCGGGGGCGGGGACUCCAAGGACAAGACCAGCGCUCUGAGCCUCAGCAAUGUAGCGGGAGUCUUCUACAUCCUGAUCGGCGGCCUGGGCCUGGCCAUGCUGGUGGCGCUGGUGGAGUUCUGCUACAAGUCCAGGACUGAGUCGCGCCGAAUGAAGGUGUCCACCGCGCGAGCCGCUGCCGCCUCAGCCGCUCAGGCCUUUCACUGCUCCGCCUUAGACAGCGGGGCUAGCGCCCCCUACACAGAGCUGCAGAGCUACGGCCUGUACGCCAACAACACUGUUAAGAUAUAAGGGCAGAGCACAGCCACGGGUUCAACCGCUGUAGGUGCACAACGCUGUCGUAAGGACUUGCUGCUCAUACUCCCUGGCUGUUGGCCGUCGUCUCCGUGGAUCAAUUUGCAGCAAAGCCACCUUUGAUUCAUUCGUCAACAUCAAAGCCUCUCGACGAAACACUCUUUGUGUGAACAGGCGAAAGCGGGAAAAAAAAGAAAAAAAAAAUCAAAGGAGGGCCAAGACGGAUCUUUGACGUAAAUCUCUUAUGUUUUAAUCAGCCCACUAAAAGGCACCUGAUCAGUAUGCCGGUGAGACUUGGUGAGCGGCCUAUUAGUGCAACAGGGCGGCUUGAAAGAAACAACAACGCCGCUCCAAUUAGCAGCCGCCGUGGUCACUCCAGAUCUCGCGCGCUUGGCCCAGUUUAAUCAACAAUGGAAUAGGAGUCGCUGGCAGAUCCCAGACCUGCUCACACACACACACACACACACACACACACACACACACAUCCUUACAUCGGCGUUCGAGCCCACUGGCGUCUAUUGCGCUAGACUGGCGAAUGGAGCUAUUAAACCAGUGAGUGAAGCGUCAGCGCCCCUUCUUACUGCCGGCACUUCAUUCCGCUCCUCCUGUUGCAGGGUACAACACCGAUGCACAUCAGCCAGCGCCAUGGUUUACCACCCGCGGAACAUCACUCAGGCCCAGAUGGGGAGGGUGAAAACAAGCACCCUUUGACUCCUAACAGCUCAUUCUGCUCACGGGCUCUCUUGCCGUGCCGGCGUCACAUUCAGAUCGUGGCACAAACAGAUGCUUAUGCAGAUAUAUCCGUGCCAUAAAUAUAGAGCAUCGGCAUCAUUUAACCUACAGCGUAGCUGGAAGUCCCUUUUCAAAGCGCAUGAUUCCCUGCGCCGCCGGAGUUUAUCGGUUCCUCCGCCCUUGAUGAGGACGUCGUGGACGCACGUGCGCGAGACCGAAACCUGGCACGUGGGCUCAUUGUCGCCCCCUCCCUCUUGUCUCUUGUCUUCCCCUGACAGCAAUCCAUCAACGACGCCAUGCGCUGCUCCACCCUGAGCAGGAUGAGUGGCAACGGGAGCGGCGGAGAGAACGGGCGCAUCCUCACCCACGACUUCCCCAAGACCGUUCAGACGCUGCCCUGCAUGAGCCACACCGCCAGCAUG